CAAGGUGUCUUCGCACGCACAGCAGGAGGUCUAGACACACACACACACAUGAGCUAAUCACUAACCACAGCCGGCAGGCAGGCCGGCAGGGAGGGAGGCCAGAGAAAGCAAUCCGAUCCGCCAACUACACAACCUGAAAAUCUCUCUCUCGUGUUGACGUGAGUAUGCACAACGGCAUGGCUCGUGCGUGCCGCAAGAUAGAUAAGCUAGUCAUCACAAGAUCCAACCACCCACCCAGCGCCCCGCCAGUCAACCAACACUCACUCAGUUCUUCUGCUCUGCAGCUGCCCCCUGAACACCUUCCGCCCCCUCCCCGUCAGCCCCUCGUUUCUCGCUGUCAACGCUCUUGGCGCGCCACUCACGGCGCACUGUGCCGCUACCACUACUGCUGGGCCCAUCACCCGCCGCGGCCCCUGCUGCUGGAGGUGCUGCUGCUGGUGUCGCCUGCCCGUCCCCCUUCUUGACGUCCCCUCGAGUCGGGCUUGCUGGUGGUGGUGUUGGUGUUGGUGCCUUGGCUUUGAUGCGCCACUGCUGCUGCACCUGCUGCACCUGCUGCACCCUCUCUGUGGCGCCUCUCUCGGUGUUGGCCUGCUGCUGCUGCUGUUGCUGAUCGCUGUUGGUGUUGUCUGUGUCUUUGGUGUGGACGGGCCUCCACUUGAGGACGGUCCGUUCUGCUGGGGGAGGGGGGAUGACUGUCACAGCUGGCGGCUGUCGCUGUCGCUGCUGGUGCUGCUGCUGGUGCUGUGGGUGUGGGUGCGAUGCUGCGAUGUUGAGGGUGGCACGGAUGGUCCUCAGCGCGUCGCCCGCAGAGGGGUUGGGGGGUGCCUGUGGAUGCUGAUAUGGCUGAUAAUAUGGCUGAUGCUGUGGCAGCUGCUGGUACAUCCCACCACUAUGGUGCACCGGAUGGUACAUGGGUGGCGGCGAUGGCAUCGCCAUGUGUGGGGGCCGGUACACAGACGGGGGAAUCACAUGCGGCACCGACAGCUGGACAGAGGGAGGGGGCGGCAUGGGUGGCAUCGGUGGCAUGGGCGGUGGUGGACUGGGUCCGGUCAGCACCUGGCUGAGCAGCCUGUCGAAGGCGUUGGCCCCUCCUGGCGGGGGCGGUGGGGGCGGCUGGUAUGGGAAAGCGAGGGGGUCGGUGGAGAGUGGGUGGCCGGCCUGCGAUGGGACGUCUGCGGCGGGGGGAUGCUUGGUGCGGUUCUUCUUCCGGGCGGUGGACUUCUCCUUCUCCAACUGAAUGAACCAGGCAGGAAUCAAGCAUGACGCAUAACAGACGGCGGGUGUGGUGUGCACACGUGGUUGUGUGAGGGGUAGGGUACCUGUCUGAUGUAGUCCCAGUCUUGCUGUGGGAUGGACCCCUCGCGCACCAUGUCGCGAAUGAGAGUGAAGAACACACCCCCGGGGGUCCGCCGCUUGUUCUGCCCGUCGUUGGUCAGCUGACCACCUGACAUAAGCAAGCACACAACCGAUGUCCAUGGCGUAUUCCCCACCCGGCCGCCCCCAGCCACCCAGCAACCGACUGACCGUUUCUCUCUAUCUCGAGUGUCUUCUGCAGGAUUUCCUCUGUACGCUGGUGCACCAGACAAACAGCAAGGCGGGCGAGAGCAGGGGAGUCGUUCGUUGUGUGGCGGGCGGCAUGUCUGUCUGUUAGGUGGGUGGUUGGCUUGGGUACCUUCAUGCCGAGCCUGACGACCGUCCGCACCACCUGACUGCGCUUAGGCUCCUGCGGAUGGAUGGCAUGGCGAGGCGAAUGGGCGGAUGUGUGUGUGUGUAGAGAGAGAGUGAGUGUCCCUACCAACCUACCUUGAGUAUGUCGAUGACCUUCUCGAUGUAGGUGCGCACCUCAUACGACAGGCUGUACAUGCCAGCUGCACAGACAGACACAACAUACACAACGGGUGUGCACUCUCUUUGGUCCUCACACGGGCGGGCGUACCGAAGUGCGCUUCCUCUUGUUGAGCCUGCACCACCCCCACAACGGGAGGAGCGCUCGAUGAGCUGGCCUGCUGCUGCUGCUCUUGUGGUGCUUGUGCUGCGAUGGGACUGUUGCUGCUGCUGGGGGCGUCAGGCAAGUCCGUCGCCUGCUCCCCUCCUGCCGCUGCUGACGCUGCUGGUGGGGCGGCUGCCGGUACUUGAGUAGCUGCUGGUGGGGGUGGGUAUACGGGGUUGUUGCCGAGACGAAGCUUCCAGAUCAAGGCGUGAAGGUAGGCGCUCUGGACAAUAUAAUCCACAGGCAAAGGCAAAGGCAUUCAUUGGUGUGGAUGGCACGUUCUUUGGCUGACUGGCCUGGCCCCAUAGAUACCAUGUGUUUCUGCUCUCUGACGGCGGCGAGUCGUGCGGGCGUGACGUCGAAGCGGUCGGACGCAUUCACCUCCGCGCCGUGGGCUAUCAAACAGCUCGCAUUCGCCACCUAUAUGCGGGGGAUGGAUGGAUGGAUGGAUGUGCCGAUUGAUUGUGUGUUGUGUGAGCGCAUGGUAUGGUACCUCUCCGUACGACGCGGCGGCGUGAAGGGCCGUGCGGCCGUCCUUGGUGCGGGCAUUCGGAUCGGCACCUGAGAAAACGAGAAGAGAUAGAUGGGGCCUCCGGUCUCUGUUUGUUUGUCUGUUCGCCUUUUGUUGUGUGCCUGGAGGGUGUGGUACGUACCGAGGUGGAGGAGCCACUUGAGGUAGUCAGUGUGGUGUCUGGCCGCCGCGUAGUGCAGGGGCGUGCUGCCGCUCUCGUCAGAGUCAUUCACUGACACGCACGCACCACGGACACCAAGACGAAGACGCAGGUCAGAUGAAUGAGAAUGUCACGCGCCGUUUGAUGUGAUGUGGUGGAUGUGCUGCGAGUAGGUACCUGUGGCCCCGUGGUGCAGCAGCAGUUUUGUGAUGUCCGUGUUGCCCUUGCUCGCCGCCAGGUGGAUCGGGUAGCUCUGGAUGGAUGGCAAGAGAGAGGGAGAGAGAGAGGGAGAGAUCUUCCACAUGCAUCGCAUCCUUUUCGCCCGUGUGUGUGCGUUGUGUGUGGCACAUACGAAGUUGACUCCCCGCCGCGACGGCAUGAGAGUGUGAGAGAACCGCAAACCGGUCUCGGCACCGUGGUCCAACAACGCCUGGUAUGGUGCAAACACCAUGGCCAAUCAAUCAGUAGAGUGAUGAUGGCGUGGUGUGGGUGCAGCGCGUUCCCGACCCAAGCAUCUAUCUCGCGUACCUUGGCGUAUGCGGGUUCGUUGGUGAUGAUGGUGAUGUUGAGGGGCGUCCACAACUUAUCGUCUGGCACAUUCACCUGGUCGGUCAACCACCAUAACACAACACAACACAACACAACACAACACAACAAAGCGGACGACCGACUGGUAUUGGCGAUUCUGUGUGCGGUGCGCAUCCGCGUGGCGUGUGGGGUGGAGGGUGGAUGAUGGGUGUGGGUGUGGGUGUGGGUGUGCAAACGUACGUACCGAUGUGAGUGCGCCGUGUUUGAGGAGCCAGACGACCACCCGCAGCCGCCUGGGCUGCCCACACGCAUGGUGAAGCGCCGUACGCCCAUCCAUGUCCCUAUAAGGAACAAUCACACACAUAUAUACACACAUGCAUCACACGGGGUGGAUGGAGAUGGGUAUUCAAUUCCCUGGCUGGCUGCUUCUCCUCUCCAUCUCUCUCUGUGUCUGUCUGGUCCAGACAUGCCGAGCCGACCUGCUAUUGACGUCAUGUCCUUCGUCCAUGAGGCGCUUCAUCUCAGAUAUGCGACCACGACACACAGCUGCAUUGAUUGCAACCCGCACAUCACAUCACAUGCAAUGCAUCCACUCACACACACGAACCGACCGAUGCACCAACCAACCAACCAACCACCCCACAUCACACCGCAUCUACCUUUGUUGAAGGCCUUCUGCGUGGGGUCGUCCGAGUUGAUGGUCAGCUCCAGCCGCUCGUUCUCGCCCUCGUCACCAUCACUGCUCCCAACCGCACCAAUGUCAUAGUCCACACCCAACGCCUCAUCGGGCAGCUCCAUCACGCCCUCGUACUCCACCAGGAAGCUGCUGCUGUUGCUGUUGCUGCUAGAGCUGGUGCCGGUGGCUGCAGCUGGGUUGGCAGAGAGGGAGGGGUGGCGAGGGGUGUGGGGUGGGAGCGGUGCUCUGCUUCUGCUACGGCUGGUGAUGCUGCCCGGCGCGACUGCUACUCUGGUGCCUGAGCUGUUGCUGCCUGUGAACACACAAGGGAAAGUCGUGCACUCAUUCUGGUGUGCCCAUCUCUGUGUGUGUGCGUAUCUCCCUUGCCUGUUCUGGUGAGGUGCGAUGAUCUCUUCUGCGCGCCGGCCACCCUGGCGCCGCGGACGACGCCCUCCCCUCUUCGCCUGCUGCUGGGAGGCCUCUCUCUCUUCUGUGUCUGUGGCGGAGGGGCAGGGCGAACGUCUGUGUGAAUGAACUCGUCGAGGAGGCCAUACAGCUCCUCCUCCAUCGCCGUAUCGUCAUCCUCACACGCAACACCAGCACCAGCACCACCACCACAACCAGAAGCAGCAACAGACUCCGCCAUCUCUUCGGCUCUGUGCGUGUGGCGAUCGCAC